CCUAGAAAAUUUUUGCAAGCGUGUUCUUAAUCAAUUUCCCGUAAAAUUAUUGCUCAUAUUCCGUGCAUACUCUUCCAAAACAUUAAAUUAGCAGCCCCUGCCCCUACCAAGCUCACCCAAUAUGGCAAACAAAUAUCAUAUGACUAAAAUCAUUGAUGGGUUAUACCUUGGAGAUCUGGAUGAUGCAAAACAGACCAGCCAGCUUCAUCAUUUUGGAAUCGCACACAUACUGACCAUCGAUGAGAAAAAGCUCCAUGAAGACUGGUCACAGUACUUUCAAUAUAAAUGUAUUCAGUGUUAUGAUCUGGUUAUUACCGAUCUAUUGAGUCAUUUUGAGGAAUGUUUUGAAUUCAUUGAAAAUGGGAGGAGAGCUGGAGGUGUUUUAGUACACUGUUUGAUGGGUAUGUCACGAAGUGCGACUGUGGUAAUUGCUUAUAUCAUGAUGAAGGAGAGGAUUUCUCUGAAGGCUGCCUUAGAAAAAGUCAAGGAGAAGCGACCACAAAUCAGACCAAAUGAGGGCUUCAUAUACCAACUUCAACUCCUGAAUGAUAUGGGUUCCCAGUUUGACAAAACAAAUGAAAAUUAUAAACUCUAUCGACUUAACUUACUAGGAGAAAGGAUAAAAAAUGAAUGCUUGGAUGACGGCGACGGUGCUACAACUGAUUUUCUUGGUUCUGACCCGCAGAAUGCCACAGAUCAACAGGAGACAAUAUAUAAAUGUAGGAAAUGCAGGCGAGCCCUAUUCAAGGCCUCUUCUCUCCUGUCCCACUAUAUUGGUAGAGGUGAAGCGGCCUUUGACUGGAGAAGAAACCUGAAAAAUCAGAUUGAACAAACUGCUGACUCCCCUGAUGUAGAGAAAUGUACACAGUCCAUAUUUAUAGAGCCUGUACAGUGGAUGAAAGGGUUCAUUAUGGUAAUGGAGGGAAAGAUUUCUUGUCCAAAGUGUGACAGUAAACUGGGAGCAUUCUCUUGGAAAGGUGAACGAUGUCCUUGUGGAUCUUGGGUGACACCAGCGUUUCACAUCCAUUCUGGAAAAGUCGACCACUGUCCGCCUUUAGCUGUUCAGUCACCUCAACAAAAGAUGCCAAAUCUUCCCGCCACAAAUCUGUCUUCCGUAGAUUCAAACUCAGUUCAAAAUUAGAUGAGUACCGGUACUGGUACUGUGGACCCAUUUGUUGCAGCUGUACUGAUUAUUGUUAAAUAAGAUAACUUCUCUUUAAAAUGUCAAAUUCUGGUAUUGGUUUUUCAUUUUCGGCGUUUGGAAAAUCUUUGCGAAACAUUUCAAAAAGAACUUCAAUGUUCAGUUCCGAACUUUACCCAGCUACCCUUUCAGUCAAUAACUCGCAGUAAAAAUCUUCUGUGGGUACUGUCCUUUGAGUCGGCUGUGUGCUAUCUUUCUAUGAGGCUUAAAAUAGGUAAGGACAGGCCUAUGGUUUAGAUGCCCCUGGGCUGGUUAAAUGUGUGUCCACUGGUUGUCUUGUUCUGGUAUAUGGCACACACAGUUGGUAAUAUGCCAAUCAAAACUAGUAUGGCCUAUGUCUUGGGUCAAACCAGGGUGGCUUUCUUCAAAGAUGGUGUUUUCAUUUGGUUGGCUGAGGCUGUCUGCAAGUGCUUGCAUUACAUGUAUGAAGGCUCGUGAAGAUGAUGGGUUUACAGUCGGGUACAAUUAUAACAGUUAUCUAACGCCUUUAAUUAAGGAACUAUCAGUAACAGAUUUGGAGUCUUUAUGAGUGUAUGCUCAAAGAUGGAUACUUUGGACACCUUUCUUUUUGUCCAUGUUAUCAAAAUGUGCUUUAUAUACUGGAGUUAAAUGUACUAUACAUGUAAGGAUUAUAUAGGAACCUGUUGGGGCUGUGCAUUUAGUGCAUUUGUAAUUGUUACACCCUUCCCUUUUUUCUUGGAAAAUGAUUCUGCACUGAGUGUACUAGAAACUGCCAAAUUUUAAGGGGCCGCUUCACGGAUUUGAAUUUUUUUCAGUUUUCAGGUCACAAAUAUUUUUUGGCAUUUUUGAUUUUUGUGAAGCUGGGGUAUUUGCAAAAUCUCCUGAAAAAAACCCAGCAAACAAAAAUUUAACUGUUUACAGAAUAGCCUCUUGUGCAUUGAUGAGAACCGAUUCUCAGUCCCCAGCAUCAAGGGGUGGGUGGAUUUGUUAACCCUGUUGGAAUGUUCUGUGUAUUCUGUUCAUUUAAGUUUUGUGCCUUAUUCUAAAUUACCUCCGAUCUAUUUCAUUGCCUUCAAUUUUUUCACAAAUGACAGAUUAGUCGAACAGGUAGUAAAUCCCACAAGUGUGCCACAAUAAAACCCCGCAUUUGCUUGGGUUCCUUUGAUGCUGCAUACCUGUGUGUAAUUAACUUGCAUUUUUCCGUCUCUAGGUUAAACGUUUUUGAGGUGAUAGAUUUCAGUGAAAUUGAUAUAUAUGUAGGCUAAUACAUGUACUUUCAACAUGCAUUUCUAAAAAGUGAGGCCUGGCUGGUAAGUAGUGGUUGUUGCAGUAUAGUUAACUGCGUGUCAAAAUAAAUUAAUUCAGCUAAUGAGAGAAAUACACAGGACAUUUACAUUUCAUGAAUGAUAAUUUGCUUCUUUUCUGAUCAGCGACCCUAUGUUGUAGGGAAACAAGAUAGCUGACCUAUGGGGCAAGCCUUAGAUGUUUCCUACAUCAUGUCAGUUGUGACAUUGAAAUCAGCAGAGUUGAUUAACCCCAUAACUUGGCUAAGUUCAGACACUUCACCACAAGAGGCACUCAUCUUUAAAAAGGCAACUUGUUUAAAAAAUCAAAUAUGGGCAUUCAGAUAGGCAUAUUAGUCAGAUGAUAUUGUAUGUUUCAGUGCAUUUUGUUACUGUCCAGACAAGAGCAGGUGGGACUUGUUGAGUAAGUUGUGGGGGUAUAUUGAAAUAGCAUCAACAGGUUAAUCACAUAACACACUGAUCUUCCAAGUCCCAAGUCCAAUUUUCAGUGGGGUCCUUAUUUUUGGAUCGCUGUCCUUGAACCUGGAAGUUAAGUGCCACGGUGUCCUCGGGUCUGAGCAGUUCGGAACCUUUGGUUUUCCCUUUGCACCCUAAACUCUUGACAUUAGUCCAGUAGAACCUCCCUUAGCGGACACCUCUGUUAGCAGGACACCUUCUAUAUUGUGGACACUGAUUUUAGACCCUUAUUGGUCAUUUCAAUUCAAUUUGACCUCUUUAAUCAUGACACCUCUGUAUUAAGGACUUAAGUUUUCAGUCCCCAGGGUGUCCUUGAUGGAGACGUGGUUCUACAGUAUGUUCCUGAUCUGGACAGGUUAAGCUAUGCAAUUUGAUGUGUGAAUGUUGUAUGUUGUGUUAAAUGAAAUAUAUCAGUGAAAUUAGA